AUGCCAGUUGUUUCGUUAGCAACGACGUUAAAUGAAAAUCCAACUAAAAAUACCAAUCCAGGCAUGAAUUCAAGCGAUUUGAUUGUUAGUUCUAGUCAGAAUGAUUUAAAUAUUAGCCAAUACCCAAAAUAUGAUACACUUAAUGGAUUGUAUCCUUCCUAUAAUCAAUUCACACACAAUCAAUCACCUGAAAUAAUCAAUGUUAAAGAUAAAUACCAGUCUGUUAAUUCUCCAAUAUUGGGUGAUAGUAACUUUCCCAAUCAAAAUACUUUAUAUAAUACUGAUUUAAAUAAUUAUCAAAAUAUCCCUUUAAAUAACAACUCUAAUUAUCAAAAUUUUUCUAAUUCUUCACAAAGUUAUCAACCUUUUGUUAAUCCCAACAAUAACUAUGCUAGAAAUGAAUAUAAUCACUUACCUACACCAGUUUAUACUACUAAUACUGUUUUACAAAAUAAUAUUUCAUAUAAUUAUUCCACGACUGUAAACAGCAAGUAUCUUAAUGGUAAUAAUUGCCAGACUGAGCCAGUAUACAAUUCUUUUAAAAACUUAUCUCUCCAAAAUAAUUGUACAAAUAAUAUAUAUGAUAAUAACUAUUCUCACAAUCAAUUCAGCAAUAUGCCCUUAAGUAAUGCAGAAUAUAAUCAGAACUAUGUACAAGCUCAAACACAACAUUCAGCUAACUAUCAAAAUUUAAAUCAAUAUAAUCAUUUAGAAAAUUCAUAUCAACAGUCAUCUAUAAAUACAAUGCUUCCAAAUAAAAAUUCAAAAUAUGGAUACAAUAGACCUGUUAAUUUGUUUCAAAAUUCCCAAAUAUUUCCUUACGAGGCCGAAAAAGCUCCCUCACCUUCAAUACCCGAAAAUUUGGAACCUUUUAGUUGUCCCACAGAAUACAUGAGAUGUUCGUUGAACUCAGUUCCUCAAACCCAUUCCUUACUGGAUAAAAUUAGAUUGCCAUUUGGGAUUAUGAUACAUCCAUUCAAUGAUAAACAGGAAAUUCCGCUUGUAACGGAUCAAGUCAUGGCCAGGUGCAAAGUUUGUAGAACUUACAUUAAUCCUUUCGUCAUUCUCCUCGACACCAGGCACUGGAAAUGCAACGUUUGCUACAGAACCAACGAACUUCCGGAGGAGUACUACUACGAUGCUAGCACCAAGGCAUAUCUUCAACCCUAUCAAAGGGCCGAGCUCCAAAACGCGGCCGUCGAAUUUGUGGCCUCAUCCGAUUACAUGAUACGGCCUCCUCAGCCAGCCGUUUAUCUAUUUUUGUUGGAAGUCACUAUACAAGCAUCACGCACUGAUUAUUUACGGCACUUUUGUCAAGUCCUGGAAUCCUGUUUAGACGAUUUACCAGGGGAUAGCAGAACCCUACUUGGAUUUGUCACGUUUGACAAAAGGAUCCAUUUUUACAGAUUCGAUCCCACCUCCUUAUUCGCAGAUGUCUUGAUCUGUCCCGACAUUGAAGAGCCUUUCUUACCAGACGACGAAAAUUUGCUAGUGAAUUUACAAGAAUUCAAAAAAGCCAUACGUUAUUUUCUAAACCAUCAAUUACCAGAACUUUGGUGUUUUCCUCUAAAAGACCCAUUCACUAAAAUCGACGAAGAAAAUAGUCAAACGAACACGGAAACUACAACUAAUAUCGAAAAAUCUAUCAACCCUUCCACAGUUAAAAUGAUGGACCUCAACGAUGGUAAUUGUCUAGGACCGGCCUUGCAAAUAUGUCAAAAGCUCAUAAGUCACACUGGCGGUAGAAUUUCGAUACUAUUAAACAGUAUUCCUGAUACGGGAGAAGGGAAACUGGCUCAACUUAAUUGCGGAGAUGAGAAACGAAAUUCAAACAGUUUAACCUUGGGAGCCAAAACAGAUUUUUACAAAAAGACGGCCCUCGAGCUAAGCAACGAUCAAAUUAGCGCCGACAUAUUUUUCCUUAACCAGGUCCACAUAGACCUAGCCUCUUUAGCGACCCUCUCCAAAUAUAGUGCCGGUUCAAUGUACCAUUUCCCUUCCUAUCACAGUCAAAAUAACCAGCUCCAAGCCGAACGAUUUACUCAAUGCCUUAAAAGAUACCUAACAAGGGACAUUGGAUUCGAAGCCGUAAUGAGAGUUAGAGCUACCAAAGGUCUGGCGUUGAAAGGUUUUUUCGGAAAUUUUUUUCUGCGUUCUUCAAACUUGCUUUGCCUACCGAAUGUCAAAUCCGAUACCAGCUUCAGCGUUCAAUGCGAUAUAGAUGAAGACUUGGUGGAUAGUAGCAUGGUAGGGGUACAGGUCGCUAUUCUUUACACGGUUUCCAAGGGCGAAAGACGUAUAAGAGUCUUGACCUUAGCUCUUCCAGUAACCAAUAAUUUUGACGACGUCAUUAACUCGGUUGAUCAAGAAGUUGUGGUGUCACUAAUAGCUAUUAUGGCCAGCGAUAGAUGUUUAUCCACCAACCUCCAUUCUUCCAGAGAAGCGAUGAUUACAGCUGUUCAGGACUUUUUAUCGGCCUUUAACACUCAUGCAUAUAUAUCCGUCACUUAUUCUAACCUUUUGUGCCCAGAUAAUUGUUCCCUUUUAGUAGCUAGAAUCCACGCAUUAUUAAAACACACCGCAUUUAGACUCACUUCCAGCAGCAACAAGGAUUUAGACGAAAGAGCCUUCGCUUUAUAUUCCAUUCAAUCUAAACCCAUAGAAACUUUACUGAACGAAAUUUAUCCAUCGUUGUUUUCCGUUAACUACCUAGCUUCAGAUGAUAUUAAAGAAUCGAGCAACGAAAUGUCAAAAUACUGUAGCUAUGUUCCUGUCUGUCAACUCUCCUCCAAACAGCUAGAAGAAAGGAAUUCUUAUCUCCUAGAUUUGGGCGAGCUUUGCUUAGUACUCAGUCUAAGCAGGUUCACUCCUAUACCAAUUUUAAAGGAUCUGUUUGGUAACACUUUCUCUGGCUCCUCUUAUGCCAAAUUAGAUGAAAAUCAGUGCGAAAUAUCCCCCGAAUCAAAAAUAGCGGGAUUUUUGGAUUGCCUCCAAAGUGAAAAACCGUAUUUCGUCCCUAUCAUGAUUAUCAAAGACGAUGGUCCGAACAAGAAUUUUUUCAAAAGUUAUAUGUACGAUGAUAGAACAGAAUCCUCCAUGUCUUACCACGAAUUUUUGCUUUACCUCGUUAAAGAGAUUAUAUCCUGAUUUUUAAAUCAACAACAAAAAAAAUGCUUGUGGAAUCAAAUGGAUCGGAACUUGGUGUCACAAUUAUUAUUAACUAAAAAAAACUCAAUUCUGAAGGAUGAAAUUUUAAAUAAAAUAUAUUUAUAUUUUAUCUCGACUUUGACAUUACCCAUAAAUUCAUAUUGAUUUCGAAAUGAUGUCCACAAAACAAUUUCCGUUUCUUAUGAAUUAUGACAUUUAUUUCCUCCAACACUUAUAAUUUGAAUAAUAAUGAAUAUAUGAGUGGCCUAUGUAUAACGACGAUAGCGUUUUAUAGCUUUUAUAACAAUUUUUUUUUGUUUUUUUAUUUAUAUAUUUAUUUCUCCUCUCGGUAAAUAAUCAAAUUUUGCGGAGGGAUAAAAAAAACCUUACUUUUUAAAACUAAUACGAGAAUUAAAUACUUCGAGAAAAAAAAGAUUUGAAUAUUAACGGCCCGCAAUUUUUAAAAUGAUAUAUAAUUAUAAUUUUAUCUUUGUGUUUUUAUAGUUAAUCAACAUUUUUGAUACCAUCUGUAAAUGAAAUAAAAUGCCAUUUUUUCUCAAAUUGUUAUGACCUUUUCCUAAGCUUCACUUAAAAUUUUUC